CAUUGAUGUUGGAUCUACAUGACUGAGAAGGGUCACGCUCAUUUUUAUCAGAACUAUUCUCUACGGGUCGUGCUAGAGAGAGCACUAACAUCUUCAUGAAGUACUUACUUGAUUUCGAAGCUUAUCAAGCAACCAAUCCCAAUCAGGAUCUCCAGCAGGCUUUCGCGCAACCACGCCUCAUAAUUUCAUCUCGUCAAAAUAUAUGUCGAUCUUGAAAAAUCGCCUCGGCCUGACAGAGCUCAUCUUUAAUUAUUCUCAUUCACGCUUUAAUAUUCGGACUAGUACCUAUUUUCAUUAUAAGGUUAAAGAUAGCAUGUUCGCUUAGCCUUACAUCUUAUAUACGACAUCGAGCAAGUUCAAUCACGAGGAAUACAAAAAUUUAUCAAUGAGGCAAAAAUAUGCAUAACUUUAUUCAUAGCUUGUAGUUAUUAUGGUAUUGGUACGCUCACUGAUUCGAUGAUCAUGGUCUCACCUUUAACAAGCAAGGGUGACCGCAAAAAUCGUCUUGUCUCAUGACUGUAUUUGUUGAUUGUGAUUCUACUUGUCGAUUAGCAAUUUAGAAAUAAGUAAUUGCUGAUAAAAAUUUCGCCGAAAUCAACUAUGAAUGCCUCAUGUAUGACAUGAGUCUUACCUUGGUCAGUGACCUUGAGGUAGAAUCAUGGACAUCAAUUAACCAUAUGCAAGGCUCUUAACUUCCGCAUGCAAGCUCGGGAGACAGAAUCAUUCCUGAUUCACUGCUUUUAACUGUGGCAUCUGGUUGAUGAUCACCCAGUCUUUUCGAGGAAAAUUGUAAAUACAAAUAGCUACUUUCACCAUGAGCAGUAGAAGCAGAAUCACUAAACGAAAGGAAAAACCAUAUUUAUGAAUACGUUUGUCUUUUGUCAAAGUCAAUUACAUGCAUCUACCUCUCCUUUGACUCAUAGAAUCAAUCUGUAAAGACAUGAAAAUCUAUGUAGAUGUGUCGCGAUUUUUUCGUAACGUCUCCGUCCUCGUGAGUAUGUAUCAUCAGCGACCGAGGACACGAAAGGUGAGGCGACAGGCUUUGCCUGUUUUCGUGGGAUCGAUUCUGCUGCAACCAACGGGGACAAGCGCCGUGCGGCAGACGUCCUUUCUCAAGCUCUUGGUUGAGUGAUUCAGACGACUUAUUGGGUCUCGAAAGACGGCGCACCACCGCGAAGCUUGGUUUGCUGAGCGAGUUCGAUUUCAAGUCGGUCUUCGCCAAAGGAACCCCGGAAAAUAUGACGGGCAACUACUAAGUUCGCGUGAUAACGAAGAAAAGUCGGAGGCUGCGAUACGCUUUUUUUAUUCAGUCUAGUUCGUUUGUGUCCGGCGAGUGCUGAGAGGAGAACCGGUUCAAUCUCGAACACAGCAGUCAAGCAACGCGAACGCGAAAAUUAAAAGCGCGAGUGCGGGCAGGGGCACUAUCAUGCAGAAUAAUAUCUCUUAUCGCUGUUGCGUUGUCGCUCAUUUUUUCGGAGACUCCAGUGGCAAGGUGGAAGGCUCAAACGGAAAGACCUGUUCGGGAGAUAGACCGCCAUCGAUAACCCUAUGCAGAGUUUCAGAGUUGGACUGAGAUUUAUCGACUGCAAAAGUAUGUUGGCUGUUACCUCGGAAUCGGAUGUUGCGUUCCUUCUGAAUCAUGGGACCUUUCGACCUUGCUGAUCUGUUCUGCACUUCUGGAACCUAUACCUGCGUGAAUCAUCAGCUUCAGAAUUAUAGAAAUACUGAAUUUAAGAAAUACUGUGUGUAGCUCGAAGAUUUGCACGACCAGAAAUCGAGGGCUAGAGUCUCUAUCACCCCUUGCAAAGCGUCUCCAUGCGAACGAUGCACAAAUAGGAAGCAAAUCGAGUUCGCGGCACAACUCUUCGUAUAGCCGUCUAUUCGAUCACGUAGUAUAAUCAAGGUCGUCGUGGGACAGUACGAUACAACAUCAACACCUCUUGCUCUUGCUUCUCGUAACAUUCGAUCUUCAAUGACCGCCUUGGAUCGAAUGUAUAGUCAGGCGCGGAGUUACCACAGCCUGCAGCACCAGUCAAAGUAUGUCUGGGGCGCGCAGGACAAUGCGAAAUCGGCUUCCCGGCAGCAGCGUGACUUCACGAACGCACUAAUCUGCCUCUCUUUCCUGGUACUCGUGAACAUUGGGCUCUCUCUGGCAGCAGUGAUUAUCUCUCUCUACUCGCUAACCGCUACGUGCAAUUAUGCCGGAUCGCCACCGACGGACCGGGUAGCCUCAAGUCGCGGCGGCGCAACUGUGCCUCAGAGCGGAUUGGUAACUCAUGAACAAGAUGAUGAAUAAAUAGAGAUCAAACCGAUUUGCUUUUAUUUACCGUAGGACAAAUAAAAGAAUAAGAAAGCAGUGCGCCACGCUAUUCUUGCACUUCCAUAAAUACCUAUGCUACAGUACUUUACCCAUUUAUAAAUAUGUUAUGAUCGACAUUUGCUGAAUUUUGAUUCGACGUUCCCAUGCUUCUUUAUUCAUCACCAUGUGCUACUUGUUCCAGAUGUGCAUCGAUGUCAAGAAACUCUAGCUUACCCGUUCAAUUGUUGGUCUCUUGUCCAUGUCUCAUUAUUUCAUACACAAUCAGGAGGGGCAUGCACCGCGGACCGGGCGAGCCCCCGAGCAAAUCUAUUCGGAGCAAUACGGCAGUCGUGGCGGAGGAAGCUACAAUGGCUAUGACAGGCGGGAUAUUUGUGUUAUCUUGAUCUCUCUACGUAAGCGCAUUCUGACUCUGAUAUACAUGUUCGUUGUCCUCUGUUUUGGAUUUUGAAAUUGCCAUGUUCGUGGACUAACUGUGAAUACGUAGGAGAUGAUGUCGAAGUCACGAUUGCGAUUCCUGCGGAGUUUGUUCUCAUAUAUUGUCCGCUUCACACGAUAACUAUCCAAGAAAAUUUUCAAUGCCAGAAUUGUUUACACUUGUAUCAAGGAGCCCCUGUUUAGUCAGCGCUUGGAAUACACUGCACGACCAGUGAGUGUCACGAGGAGGUCUACUGUCUAUGUAUUAUAUGCAGUCUCGCGAAGGUGAGAUCAAGGUCAAUUACUUUUACUACAAAAUCCGACUCUAAGAUAGGAUCCACGUGGAUAGCCGCGGUGGCAUAUACAUCACCCCGAAAAGCCCCAUGUACAAUCCGGAACCCCCUCUUCACCACAAGGAUGCCUUUGGAUACAUGGACUACACAGCAAACAGCCAAGGGGCUACUGUGGGAACUCACUCUAUUCUUAUGAAUGGUCGCUAUCCCUACGGUGAAGUAUCGGAACGUCGGCGUUGAUGUCCUUUUGAGUUGUAGUACAAUUUACUAUAUAAUACCACUGAUGUGCGAGCACUCACAAUUCUUUCUCUUUUCUCACUGUGAGACCUAUGGUGGCAGAACAAGUGUGGCUCCUUAUAUAUAUAUAAUUUAUAAGCUUGUUUAGUUACUUACUACAGUUUCUAUAGUAAGCGCUUACUUAGAAGUAUAUAACAACCAUUCCUCAUUAUCCAACCCACACUCCAGAGUCAGGUAUGCUACAGGUGCACGACGAACAUAACGGCAGUCCGACCCAUUCACCACUUGCUGGACUUGCUCAUGAUCAAAAUCACUUACAUCUGGGUUACAACUUUAACACUAUAUACUAGCCUCCACAAGCUUCGCCCGGCUUCAAGUUAGUUUAGCACUUUUCUGCGGCCUCCCACGGGCUACAGCCGCUAGAGUAGAGACAGCCGGCGGGUGAGCUGAUGCACCUUACGAAUUGACUACGACAAGAGCCGAGUGCCGGCGGUGGCCGACUCAGAUGCGUCGACUCAUGUGCAGGGCAUUGCGCUGCCUUCGGUUUUUUUUUUGAGAUUGCCGGGCGGGUCAUGCAAAUUCUUAAGAAUUUGCAAGACCCCCACGGCAGUCCAACAAAAAAACCAGAAGAGAGCCACCAGACACGCACAAGAAUCCGCAAGCCCCAACGCACGCAAGCGCCUCGCGGUGGCGCCAGGCAAGAACGAGGGGCGACCUUGAUGGGCCAAACAAGACAAAGCAACGCAGGGCCGCGCUGCUUGGGUCUCUCUACGCGCUUACACCUGGCGGGGCUUCUUUGUUUCGUCAGAUGUCUCUCGUCAGAAACAGGCGGGCGCACUUCGCGGGGUCGUGCGGCGUCGCGCUUCGGGCUGUGGCUGAAGCCUCUCGGCUGGCUGACGUCUUUCACCAAGCUGGAGACUAAGGCCCUCCAUCAGGCUGAUGCCGUUCGUCAGCCCAACGCUCUGCGCCAGGCUGGCGGCGUUCGUCGGGCAGGCCGGCGCCCCUCGGCAGGCGUCUUGGGUCAGGCUGAGGCUUUUCGUCAGGGUCGGGCGACGUCUCUCGUCAGGCUGAAGCGCUUCGCCUGGCUGACAUUCCUCGCCGGGCCGAGACUCACGCCUUUGGUCAGGUUGAUGGCUUGCUUCAGCUCGGCGCCGUUCGUCAGGCUGAUGCACUCGCCAGCCAGGUGAGGCCUCUCUCCAGACCGGCGCAAUGCUUCGCCAGGCGUCUGCCUUGCGUCGGAGGGAACAGGCUGAGCGGGGCCUUUCUUCGGGCUGCGGAUGUCUUUCCUUCGUAAGAUUGACCCCGUUCUUUCGUCGGACUGACGUGCUUCGCCAGAUUGACCGCGUUCGCCGGACUGACGUCCUUCGCGAAAGGUCUUCGCUAUCUUCAAGGGCCUCGCGCCACAGGGAGGCCUCGCGUCAGUUUUUCUGGCGGAGGUCGUUCGUCAGAUGUCUGCUGUCGCGGGUCUCACUCUUGUCGUGUCGGAGGUCUUGGGCCCAAAGGUCGUCUUUGGUCCACGCACAGGUCGCCGGUGGUCCACAGGUCGCCUGUGGCCCAAAGGUCGUCUUCGGUCCAAAGGUCGGCUUUGGUCCAGAGGUCGUCUGUGGUCCAGAGGUCGUUUUUGGUCCAGCGGUCGUCUUUGGUCCAAAGGUCGCCUUACUUUGGUCCAAAGGUCGCCCUACUUUGGUCCAAAGGUCGCCCUACUUUGGUCCAAAGGUCGCCCUACUUUGGUCCAGAGGUCGAAGGGUCGCCUUACUUUGGUCCAAAAGUCGUUCUACUUUGGUCCAGAGGUCGGCGCACUUUGGUCCAAAGGUCGGCUUACUUUGGUCCAAAGGUCGGCUUACUUUGGUCCAAAGGUCGGCUUACUUUGGUCCAAAGGUCGGCUUACUUUGGUCCAAAGGUCGCCUUACUUUGGUCCAAAGUUCGCCUUACUUUGGUCCAAAGGUCGCCCUACUUUGGUCCAGAGGUCGUCGCACUUUGGUCCAGAGGUCGCCUGUGGUCCCGCGGUCGUCUUCGGUCCCAAGGUCGUCUUUGGUUUCGAGGUCGUCUUUGGUUUCGAGGUCGUCUUUGGUCCCAGUGUCGUCUUAAGUCUCAAGGUCUCCUGUGGUCCAGAGGUCGCCUGUGGUCCAAAGGUCGCCCCUGGGUCAAAGAUCGCCUUUGGGUCAAAGAUCGUCUUGGGGUCAAAGAUCGCCUGUGCUCCAAAGGUCGUCUUUGGUCCAAAGGUCGCCUUUAGUCCGAAGAUCGCCCUUGGUCCAACGGUCGCCCUUCGUCCAAAGCUCGUCGUUGGUCCAAAGAUCGGCUUUGGUCCAUGUGUCUUUGGUCCAAGGUCUUUGCCUUUUCGGUGGGCGGUCUUUCGUUGGCUGUCUCUCUUUGGACUUUUCUCCCCAGCUUGCGCCCCCACCCCCGUCGGCCAUUUUUCUGCCUUCUUUUCUGGUGGUCUGCCACGGGGCCGCAACGUAAAUCCCAACAAGGAAACGGCCGGAGGCUAUCGGGCUUGAGACUGAGGGGAAAGGGCAGGAGACUAUGGGCAAUAGCUUCGCGAAAGAAGUUGACUAAUCUCCGGUGGGUUAGGCGGCGAUCAAUGGCGAGAUUAAUAAUAUAGGUUAAUAAUAUAGAUUUUUUUUUUGUUAUGUUUUUUAUCUAUCAACUUAUAAUAAUUUAUAAGAAAUCAUAUUUCUAUCGAAGAAGAUGAACAUACUUCAGAACGAGUACCUCUCUAACUUAUCAGCCGGAAAUAUCGCUAUGGAACACCACCACCACCAAGUUACCAGUAGCGCCAGUUCUUCACUCGUCUCAACGCCCAGUCAGGCAUCGGAAAAGUCGGAAAAUCACCAUGCGACAGCCACUACGACGUGGAGCGACAAGGCAUUUGUACAACAGAAGUCGACUCUUAUCUUACGGCUUUGAAGGAUACUUUUGUAUUUGUUGAUCCACCAGAUCGAGGUAAAAUAAGCAGGCUAUGCCUGGGAUGAGCGGCGGGCGAGGUCAAUGGUCACUUGUCUCGCAACCCAACAACAUCGUACAUAGCAACAGAUGGUUGAUAAUUUUGAUUUACCUACCAGCUGAAGCAAGCGUAGCAGCUUCUUUCUCUAAUGACAGUAAGGAAUAGCAGUGCCGAUUUACCUGGGAAACAUGCGACGAUUGAGCCAGAUCUUCUUCACCUACACCAAAAUGGCAUAUUGGCAGACCCUCCGGGGAUCUCCUAUGGAGCCGGCGUGCGCACAGCACUGGGAUCACAUAGCACUCACAUUAUUAAGACGCCACAUUAUUGUAACUGAAGCAGUUCGCGGAAAUCAGAUUGAUAUUCGUGGUUCUUCAUUGGGAAUUUCUUGUCUUCCUUGCAUUCUGCAGGCUUUCCAAUGUUGCGCCCCUCUCCUUCUCGACCAUGCGUCGACUCGUUGUCAUUGUGUAGUUUUUAUCUCCUAGCCUUCAGCUUCAUCCAUAUAAUUUGUGUUGCGGAGCAAAGGCCAUAGCCAUACAAGUACUAGAAAUAAGUAGUAAGAAUGUCUUAUUUGGAGUACUAAGCAAAGGUAAAGUCAUUUUCAAGCAGUUCUUAUUUCCACUAGCAUAUACUAGACGUAGUCUAUUUGAACUUCUCUAAUAAUUCCACUUCUGCAUCAUCUGUGCAGCAUGCAUCAACUACUUCCGGAGGAGCUGCAGGGCAGCACAAGCAAGCGGGGGGGAAAGCUUUUCCUAGAGUGGUUGAAAUGGAACAACAAUUCGGAAAUAGUAUGUCACGGGAACAACCCGAAGCUUCAUUUUCGGGAGAACAGCACCACAACGUCAACGUGAACGGAGAGAGACACGUGAGCAAUGGGGGUCCAUCUCCACCAACAAAUAGAGGUGCUAGAUCUGCGACGUCAUCUUCAUCACCUUCAUCUUCUGCGGGCGCCAGCGCUGGUUUUUCAACCACAGGCUUCAGAAACACACCAUCUACUUCGUCCAACACUGGUGGCGUUUCUAGCAGAAGUACAGCGUCGGAAAUGACGGGAUCGACAGUUCCAAGUUCGACCGGAGAUCCACCAGUCGUAGGAACAAGGACAACUGCUCCGACGAAUACUGCAGACCCCGCAAUUACUUCUACAUCAAAUAGCGCUGUUGAAAAUAUAGAGCAUAAUACUGGAUCAACUCAAACGAGAUUAAGUUCAAGUACAACGACGCGUUACUUCGACGAUCCGCGGUUUCCGAUCCUCGUGGAGGCACCGCACAACUGCAUGGGUCGCGGCUACGAUAGCCGCACCAGAACGCUACACCAGCAGGUGCUGCAAAACCGGUCCCAGUUCGCGGGCGACGCAGUCCGACCUCAACUUGCAGUAGUCACAAAAAGAACCCAAAGAAGAACUGACGCAGCAGCCGAUCUAUGUACCGUUCCUCCUAUGAUUUUCAAUAUUUGUAGCCACUUCUUUGAUGCUUAAGAAAUAUUUAGCCAUGGCCUCUGCAUUGUCUGUGCUCUACCGUUCACAUCCUUGGUGCCUUUUUGAAUAACAGGGAUAUAUAGAUUCCGAUUCUUCUUGUACUUGGUUUAUGGCUCCCAGCAAUGCUGCAUCCACUACCUUUUGGAUUCUAUCUUCGUACUCUUCUAACUUUGAACAUGCAGGUCUGGUACCCUUUAACUUCAGCUACAACAAAUAACAUUAUGAUCACAGGGUCUUUGCUGCCGGAUUUCGAAAUGACGUACGUGUGGAAGAGGGGCAAACUGGUAUCGCGGCCAGGGCAGACUGCGGCAGAUUUGUCAGGUCUGAGAGUGUCUUUAUUGGAAGGUAGCCAUACGGGAAGCGCUUUGGGCGUGUCCUACUUCCAUAGUGGAGCGAAGUUAAGGCUUGUUCUUGGCAUAGAGUACUCUAGUCUUCUACCUAGAACUCCUAGAAGAUUCAAUUCUGCUACUACAACUACAACGAACUACAAAGUGUAAAAUUUGAAAAUUUUUCGGAGCACUACAUGUACUUCUACAGAAUUCUGUGAUUUUGAAAAUUAUGUCUGAUGACAAUCAAGUUCAAGGUCGACAUGCAGAUGUACUUAACUUGAUUUAUCUUCGACAAGGCCUGAACUAGCUCGAGACGGAUUUUUAGAUCAGAGACAUGAGCGCUCUAAAAAAAAAGACGGCACCGAGAAAAGGUAGUGUGAUAGAAGAUAUCAAUAUCAUCGCUUCGGCAACUGGACAAGGUUCCGAGGAGAACGGCGAAGACGCUUCUUCAGACGGCAAUUCCGGGAUCAACAAUGACGCUGAGUCAUCCUCGAGCAGCGUGGAGCACGAUAUUGUGAUUGUCGGCUGCGUCAAGGUAGCAGAGUCCUGGUUUGAAUGGCAGCAUGGUGGACAAUCUACCUCCCCAGGAAAAAGCAGCAUAAGGGGAAGCCUCAUGGAAAUAUUUUCGCCCUCCGCAUGGCCUGGAGUGGACGCUUCCCUGCACGAUUUCCUACGAGACGACUCACACAAUUUCGACGCCUUUCGAACCCGGUUUGGUGCAGAGGUUGUGACAAAGACCGACGUCGGCGGUAUACUAUCUGUGGACAGUCCCUUGAGUCGUUGUUUUAUUAUUUCUAAUUAGUUGAGGUUGAGCUUGAAGUACUAUCACUAGCUCUAGCAAUACGUAGGUACUUGUUUUAACAACUACAGCUGUGAUGUAGGAUACAUGUCGUGCGUGCAUGUGUGUAUCAGCGUUCUCGACACUCGAAGCUGCAUCUUUGUAAAAACUGACCUAGUUGUAGAAGUAUGUGUACAUGGGGUAGUACUUUUGAUACGCGGCAGGUAUCGUCAUUUUGCGGUUGCAACUGAAUCCUGGUACCACCCAGAGUGAUGCAGUCAAUCUUGCACGAGAGGGUUGGGCAUCUUUAUUGGAAAAUAAAGGGGACGUAUCAUCAACCGCCCAGAAACAGGAGGUUCGGCUAGUGACUCUAGAAACACUCGGAGGCACUGCGACAGGCCAGUGGUCCAGUGCUGACGCUACUCCGCUCGUACCCCAAGAAGUACUUCUUCUUACAUCUUGUAGGACAAUUUGUAAUUGUAUUUGAGAUGGGCACUAGUUUCUAAUUCUACGACCCUUUGUUGUCAUGUUUCAAGUGACUACAUGUUGGAAGCGAUAAUGAGGUGUUUUGUCGUGGUUUAAGUUGGUUUUUUCUUCAAAUUCAAACGUUGAAAAUGAAAAACAAUAUCAGAUAGAAGCAAGUCUCGUAAGAUGGCUCCGGGGUAUAUCCUCAGGCCAGAAUGUUGUAAGCACGAGGCUGCAUGCCGAACCCAUUACGGACCUGUUGCGUCAUUGCAAGACCAAGACAUGCCAAGAGCUGAUCGCUCGGCUUGGUGAACACAUAAAGUUAUGACCACGAUAACAUGACAAGAAGAUAACUACUCAUUAUUUUUCUUCUUCGGUAUGGUGAUAAAAAUAGCUGGAGACGCUUAUUCAAUUACGACAAGAGUUCAAGCUAGAGUUACAGAACUCUAAGAGAAGUUAUAGAAUUUCAUUCUCAACAACAGAUUCUAAUGCAAGACCAUACACUGCAAGACGGCCACGACACUGGGGAUCGCGGCGCCGAGUUGUAAAAUAUAAUCUAACACGAGUUGUAGCACUGCCACUGGCACUGCUGCAGCUACUCUUCGAGCAGUCUUCAAAGCUGCAAUGAGCAACACAUUCGGCAUCAACAUUCUCCUCAACGUGUUGUCGUUUUCGCGAGUGAAAGCUGUGAUUUAGUCAUAAUGCUUUUCCUGCUGUUUUCGUCUGCCGUGAAGUCAAAAAAAAGAUGACGCAAGUUUCCGGAUAUUAUCACCUGAGAGAAUAAUUCAGUCGCCACAAUGGAAGCGCAAGAUGGUCGUGAAAAAAAGGAAAACUCGUCCUUCGGUCCUAGUACAAUUGCGCUUGCCUGCUCAGUGAUGUCGUCCUUGAUCGUUAUACCGCAUCAUCUAUGUACGUGCAUAUCGAGUUGAUCGACGACGACGGAGAAACAGAAAUACAUACGACUGGUCCCAUAAAAGUAAUGUUUCGGUUGGCAUAUCGCUAUCCGAAGGACAAGAAAACUCCUUGACGCUUUCAGAGUAAUUUGAAAAAUAAAAGGAAUAGCACUUCGGCUA